AUCUAAAAAUACCCAAAACCAAACCAAAGAGAAACAAAGAUAACCUUUGCAGACAUCAGACAUGUUCUAAAGCCUUAUAACAGUAACAGGUUUUCGGUUCUUCUACUUAAGUAGUUAACUUCUCAAAAUAAAAAACAAACCAAACUUUCCAUUUUUACUAGGUCUUCAUAAUAGAAAACCAAUUUUGCCCUUAAAAAUCCGUUAUGCCAGUUACUAAGAUUUCCUUUUAUAGUAACUUUCUGUCUUACUCCCUCUAAAUUUCUGGGUUUCCUUUACAGAAUUUUAAGGAGCUUCAAAUUUUACAGAAUUUUUGAUAUAUUUGUGUAUAAGUGGAUCAAUCUGAGGUGGGUUUUGUGAGUUAAUGUUGAUUGAGAGCAGUGGACUAUCCUUGCAGUGAUUUGCGGCGGCUUUGGAGACUGAAAAUUUUUGGUCGUCAUCAUUUUUUUUUUUUCACUCUCUGAGGUUAGGGGUAGUAUGGCUUCGGGUAACUCUGGUUUUUGGAAAAUUGAGUUUGGUGUUUGAAGAGGUGGAAGGAUAGAUGCAUUUGUUGGGGAAAUUCCUGGGUUUUGGGAAGCAGAUUGGGGAAGAUGUUAGGGAUGGAAGUUUUAGACUGAGUGGAAGCUUGUUCUUAAAACUCUAGCAUUUGCUGAUUUUAGUUGGAAGUGGGGUUGGUUCGUUUUUUGUGAAAAAAAUGGAGUACCUGUUUUCGUCUAAAGAAAACGGAAAUGGCUAUUGGGUUCCUCCAAGAACACAGAUGGAGGAUGGGGAACAGUUGGGUGGCAAUACCAGGAAUUCACUUUCUGAGGAUCCUUUCAACUUUUCAGAGCUCAUGAACUUCGAUACUUAUGCUGGGUGGUGUAAUAGCCCUGCAGCUACGGAUCAGAUGUUUGCAUCCUUGGGUUUGUCCUCCUAUCCAUCCUUGCCUUAUGCCCCUUUGGACUCAAUACAUAUUAUAGAACAAAGUUCUGGUACCUUUGUUGAAGCUGGUGAUGCAUUAUGUGGCAUGGGUGGUUCUCAUAGUUGUGUGGACAAAAUGGUAUUCCAGCAAACAGAUGCAAACGUUGGUAAUCCAUUGGAUUCCGUAGAUGCAGAACUGCAUUUUAGACGAAAUAAUGGUGAUAAUAGACAAAAUAAUUCUUCAGAUUUGACUAAUAUGUUGGUUUCUAGGCCAAUUGGACAAUCACUUGACGAGAAGAUGCUUAGAGCACUGUCCUUAUUUAAGGAGUCAUCUGGAGGGGGCAUUUUGGCACAAGUUUGGGUUCCAAUUAAGCAUGGAAAUCAGUAUAUGCUUACCACUUCUGAUCAGCCCUAUUUGCUAGACCAGAUGCUUUCUGGUUAUCGUGAAGUCUCAAGGACGUAUAACUUCUCUGCAGAACUGAAACCGGGUUCUUUCCCUGGGCUUCCUGGUCGUGUUUUUAUCUCUAGAGUUCCUGAGUGGACUUCUAAUGUAAUCCAUUACAGCAAGGGUGAGUACUUGCGGUUUACACAUGCAGUAAAUCACAAAGUCCGUGGAUCUAUUGCCUUGCCAAUUUUUGAACCUCUUGAGAUGUCUUGUUGUGCUGUGCUGGAACUUGUCACUAUGAAAGAGAAACCCAAUUUUGAUUCAGAAAUGGAAAAUGUCUGCCAUGCACUUCAGGCUGUGAAUUUAAGGACCACUGCUUCUCCUCGACUUCUUCCCCAGUGCCUCUCAAGUAAUCGGAGAGCUGCUUUAGCUGAAAUAGCUGAUGUUUUACGUGCUGUAUGUCAUGCGCAUAGAUUGCCUUUGGCUCUAACAUGGAUUCCUUGCAAUUACACUGAGGAAGCUGUGGAUGAAAUUAUAAAAGUACGUGUUAGAGAGGGUAAUGAGGGUUGGGAUGGGAAGUGCGUCUUAUGCAUUGAACAUACAGCCUGUUAUGUUAAUGAAAGAGAGAUGCAAGGUUUUGUGCAUGCAUGUGUGGAACAUUAUCUUGAAGAAGGACAGGGUAUAGCUGGAAAAGCGUUUCAGUCCAACCAUCCAUUUUUCUCUGCUGAUGUGAAGACAUAUGACAUAAGUGAGUAUCCACUUGUCCAUCAUGCACGUAAGUUUAACCUGAAUGCUGCAGUUGCAAUCAGGCUGAGGAGCACCUAUACUGGUGAUGAUAAUUAUAUACUGGAGUUUUUUCUUCCUAUUCACAUGAAAGGGAGUUCAGAACAGCAACUCUUGCUGAACAGUCUCUCAGGUACAAUGCAACGAAUCUGUAGGAGUUUAAGAACGGUUUCAGAUGGAGAAAUUGUUGGAGAAGGUUCAAAAGUUGAGUUUCAGAGGGGGACAGUCCCAAACUUCCCCCCUAUUUCUAUGUCUAGGAGGAGUUCAGAACCAGCAUUAUCUGCUGAUAGUGAAAUGAACUCCAAUGAUGGAAUUCCCUUGAAUGUAUCUAAUUCAAAAAGUGAUGGAAAGGAAGCCGAUGGUCCUCCUGAACAGGCAAUGAGUGGACCAAGGAGGCAGAUAGAGAAGAAGAGAAGUACAACAGAAAAAAAUGUGAGCUUAAGUGUUCUUCAGCAGUAUUUCUCUGGGAGUCUGAAGGAUGCUGCAAAAAGCAUUGGCGUUUGUCCCACUACACUGAAGAGGAUAUGCAGACAACAUGGGAUCUCAAGAUGGCCAUCUCGAAAGAUUAACAAGGUGAAUAGAUCAUUAAGAAAAAUACAAACUGUUCUUGACUCUGUGAAAGGGGUGGAAGGAGGAUUGAAGUUUGAUCCAGCCACAGGAGGAUUUAUUGCUGCAGGUACCAUCAUCCCAGAAGUUGAUACCCAGAAAACACUAGUAUUGUCCAAUAAAAACCUUCCUGUUAGAAUACCUGAGCCUGUCAAUCAAGAGAAAUCAUCAGCACCUCUAGCAUCUUGCUCUGAUGGAGAAAAUUCAGUGGUUAAGUUAGAGGAAGAUGAGUGUUCCUUUGGUGGAAACAACAGAGAGGCUGCAAGAAAUGUGCUCAUUCAAAGUACCUGUCAAGAAGUAAAGAAAUCUAGUAUACCUCUUAUUGAUUGUAGUGAGGACUAUAAGUCAGUUGCUCUAGACGCAGGAUCAUUCCAGGCAGCUAGCGUUGGCAUUGCACCUUGGACUUGUCCAGAAAAUGCAAAUAUGGGCUCUUAUUUACAAGAAGGAGGUCACAGAUGGGGUCUGAACAAUGGGAAUCUGAAAGUAGAGGAUUCUGACUGCCAGUUUGUGUCUUGGAGCUCAAGCUCCUUGGCUGCUGCUGAUGAAAUGGAGACCCAAAUUGAGGGUGAUGAUGGGAUUGUUGAACAUAGCCACCAACCUACUUUUUCAAGCAUGACAGACUCUUCAAGUGGCUGUGGUUCAAUGUUGCGUGGAAGUUCAUCUAGCUCCCAGAGCUUUGAGGAGGCAAAGAAUUCAAAACUGAAGACAAUUUGUGUUGAUAGCAGCUCAAAAAUUACCGUGAAAGCUACUUACAAAGAGGAUACUGUCCGCUUUAAGUUUGAGCCAUCUGCCGGGUGCUUCCAACUGUAUGAAGAAGUUGCAAAACGGUUCAAAAUUAAAAAUGGGACAUUCCAGCUCAAGUAUUUAGAUGAUGAAGAGGAAUGGGUAAUGUUGGUUAGUGACUCAGACUUAGAGGAGUGUCUGGAGAUUCUGGAGUAUGUUGGAACACGUAACGUGAAGUUUCAGGUUCGCGAUGUGCCUUGUACAUUGGGCAGUUCUGGUAGUAGCAACUGCUUUUUGGUUGGAGGCUCAUAG